AUGGUCUCCGUCUCUAAUGAUGCUAAAGAAUCAUUGCUUCUAGAUAUGAAAGAUCGUUCUCAUCUUAAUGAAAAGGAUGCCCUCCAGAGAAGAAGAAUAAAUGGAGUGGAAUCUCCUUUACCUCUUGAAUCUAUGUAUGUGAAACAACAAUUUUGCAUCAAGCAUGUGGUCUUUUUGUUGGCUGCCUACCUAGGUGGGGGCACCCUUUGUUUCUUCCUCAUCAGAAAUCAGAUCAAGGGUCAAAAAACAAAUGGGAUUCUUGAUUCCAUUUACUUCUGUGUUGUUACAAUGACCACAAUAGGAUAUGGGGACCUUGUCCCAGAUAGCAUACUGGCAAAACUACUUGCAUGCAUUUAUGUAUUCACAGGCAUGGCUCUUGUGGGGCUAUUUCUCAGUCAGGCAGCAGAUUACGUGAUAGAAAAGCAGGAAAUCAUUGUAGUUAGAGACAUUUACAUGAGUGGAAAUGUCAAUCCAAAUGGGAUUCUUAAGGAGGUUGAAACCAACAAAGUUAAAUACAAAUUUAUUAUGGUGGGGGUUCUUCUUCUGGUGCUUAUUGUUGUAGGAACUGUCUUCUUGUUUUUAGUUGAAGAAUUGAACUUUAUGGACGCAUUUUAUUUUGUUUGUUCAACCAUCACCAUAAAAUAG